GUGCAAUGAGAAGCAGGAGUGGUGAAACACAACUCCUGGCACUGAAGGAGGUUUCUGUCUCCAGGUUUCUCUCUCCAUGCUCCUUUCUCCUGCACUCCUGGCCUCCUGAAGAUGCCCAGGAGAGGGGCCCUUCCUGUGGGCACACUCCUGGUGCUGCUGCAGCUGGCAUUUGUCCUGUCCCCACUGGCAGGCUGCCUCCUGGAUCCCUGUUUGGAGAUCACCCCUAACACAACUUUCAGAUGCACUGGACUGAACAUCUCUGGAGUUCCUGAUGGAGUCCCAAACACCACCCAGAGCCUGGACCUCAGUUUCAGCAAUCUGAAAUCUCUGGGCUCAAAUUAUUUUGCAUCAGUCCCUGAGCUGCAGUUUCUGGAUCUUUCAAGGUGCCACAUCCAUACAAUAGAAGAUAACUCCUUUGUGGAUCUCCAUAGACUUUCCACCUUGGUUUUAACUGCCAAUUCCCUCCAGCACCUGGGGAAAGCAGCUUUCCAUGGCUUAACAUCUCUGAAAAAAUUGGUGCUGGUAGAAACCAACAGGACCUCUCUGUCUGAGCUGCCUAUUGGCCACUUGCAUACUCUGGAGGAGCUGAAUUUAGGCCACAACAGCAUUACUUCAUUGAGGCUUCCCAAGUAUUUCACCAACAUGACCUCCCUCAGGCACCUGAGCUUCUUCUCUAACAAGAUCACUUCAAUCUCCAGAGGAGACCUUGAUGCCCUGAGGGAAGGGAACAGGCUCAACCUCACUCUGGUGCUUUCCUUGAACAGUAUAAAAUCCAUAGAGCCGGGGGCCUUUGCAGGGAUCCACCUGGCUGAGCUGGCUCUCAGGUCUGCUUUGGAGAGCUCCAUGAUGCAAACUUCUCUGCAAGGCCUGGCUGGUUUGCAGGUCAGCAGACUCAUAGUUGGGGCGUUCAGUGACCGUGGCAGGCAGCAGGACUUUGAGGGGGGGCUCUUGAAUGGGCUGUGCCAGGUGCAGAUGGAAGAGUUUGUCCUGAUCUGCCUCAGGGGCUUUGAGGAUGACACAGACACUCUCUUCAGCUGCGUAGGCAACGUCUCCACUAUUCGCUUGGUGAACCUGGGACUUGAGGAGAUAUCACAGGUUCCUGUGGGGUCCAAAGUGAAGCAGCUGGAGUGCAAGAAAUGUGGUUUUGAUGAUGUGCCUGCCCUGAAGCUGUCACUUUUCAAGGAGCUGAGAGUGCUUCGUAUUACCAAGAACAGAAGUCUCAAAAACUUUGAGCAGAAGUUUGAGGGUCUCAGUAACCUGGAGGUCAUAGAUUUGAGUGAGAAUAGACUCACCUUCAGCAGAUGCUGUUCCCCUCAGUUUCAAAAUUGUCCAAAUUUGAAACACUUGAACUUAAGCUUCAAUUCUUAUAUCAGAUUGACUGGAGAUUUCAUUAAUGUGGAGAAUUUGUUAUAUUUGGACCUUCAGCACACAACCUUAUUUGGUCCUGGCUCCUACCCUGUCUUUCUGUCCCUUCAGAGACUGAUUUACCUUGAUAUUUCCCACACCAAAACCAAAGUUGAAUCCCAGUGUACAUUUUGUGGCUUGAACUCUUUGCAAGUGCUCAAGAUGGCAGGAAACUCCUUUGCAGACAAUAAGCUGGCAAACAACUUCAAAAACCUAAGUCACCUCCACACCUUGGAUAUUUCAAGCUGCAAAUUAGAACAUGUGGAUCAAAGUACUUUUCAUGCCCUCUCUGAGCUAAAAGAGCUAAACAUCAGCAACAAUAAGCUCCUGACCUUUGAUCCUGGGGUCUACCAGCCACUCCAAGCCCUCAGAGUCCUGGAUUUCAGCAGAAACCAGCUGAUUGUUCUGUUGGACUCAGCCAGGGAAACCCUGCCUGACAGCCUGCUCCUGUUGGAUAUCUCCCAAAACCUGUUUGAUUGCUCCUGUGUGUACCUGGACUUUCUGGAAUGGGUCAAGGAGAAGCAGGAGCUGCUGCAGAACAAGGAGCUGAUGCUGUGCCACACUCCCUCGUACGUGGCCAACGUCAGCCUGCCAAGAUUUGAUCUGUCCUCCUGCCACAUCAGUGCAGGCAAAAUUUCCUCCUCAGUGGUUGUGCUGCUCUUUGUAGUGGUGCUCCUCUUCCUGGUUUACAAGUACUACUUCCAGCUCUACUACUCCGUGGUGCUGCUCAGUGGCUGCAAGCACUACGCAGAAAGAGGUGACACCUACGAUGCCUUUGUCAUCCACUCCAGCAAAGACCAGGAAUGGGUGACAAAGGAGCUGGUGGAACCCUUGGAAGGAGGAAGACCUCCCUUCCACCUGUGUCUGUACUACAGGGAUUUCCUGCCAGGGGUACCCAUUGUCACCAACAUCAUCCAGGAGGGAUUUCUCAGCAGCAGGAAUGUCAUCGCAGUCAUCUCCGCUGACUUCCUGGAGAGCAAGUGGUGCAGCUUUGAGUUUGACAUUGCCCAGUCCUGGCAGCUGGUGGAGGGGAAGGCUGGGAUCAUCAUGAUUGUGCUGGAAAAUGUGAACAAGGAGCUGCUGAGGCAGAGGCUGGGGCUGUCUCGGUACCUGAGGAGGAACACCUACCUGGAGUGGAAAAACAAGGAAAUAAGCAAGCACAUCUUCUGGAGGCAGCUGACAGGAGUGCUGCUGGAAGGCAAAAAUUGGAAUCAUGAGGAGACAAAACUCAUGUGAAGAGAAAGAAGGGUUCUUCCUGCCCUGGCUGCCAUCCUGGCCUGAUGGAUGGUGCUUAGAAGCUGGUUCUUCUGCUGCUGCUCAGAGUCAGAGCGCAUGGAUGGAGGCACUGCCACAUCACUACAGAGAUUCCUGCCUUGCUGGUCACCUUCUCUCAAGGAAAUUUGCAAGUUAAGGAGUGACAAGGGCCAGAAGAGCUGCCUGAGCUCUGUGUUUGGCCAUAGCUGUCACCCACAGGUGGCCCAGCAGCACCUCAGGUUUGGUGGGUGUAGGAACAGACCAAUGCUCUGACUGUCAUCUGGCUGCUUCUGAAACUGGAUUUGGGUCCUGAGACCGUUUACUCAGAGGAACUUCAGAGUCUGUUGCUUUGAGUGGACCCCAGAACCUCAAAGGCAGAGUAAAGACACAGGAUUUUCAGCUCUAAAAACUUUGUGAAACAGAAACAAGGUUUGGAUUCUGAAACUCUUGUGCCUUCCUCUGCGGGCACCAUGACUCAGGGCACAAACUCUCCAGGGAGCAAUGGGGCAUCCUACAGCUCAACUGGGAGCUGCUCAGGGAACCUGACUAAUUUUGUCAUCAGGGAGGGAAGUUUCUGUGGUUGGGAAAUUUGCCCAACAUCUUUCUUUCAGUUUUCUUUACGCCAAGGCCAAAUAUUGCAACCAUCACCUGAAAAUCUUACUUAUAUCCAGAUUGUAUAGCAUUUGUAAAGGGCAUUUUGGAGUUUGCCUGGGGGGACAAGGAAUGUGUAACACCUCUAAACUGAGAUAUUUCUUUGCUCCCACUACUCCUCCUCACCCAGUGUUUGUGGAUAUGCUUUCGGACUGCCCUAAGCAAGCAAAAUUGAGCCUGAAUGAAGUGUUUGGAUGUUUACAGCCAGCCAGUUCUAGAUUAAGCUUUUUCACUCUCUGGACCAGCCUGAAUUCACUGUUGGAAGGUGCUGCAAGAGCCUCCAGGGUUUGAAAUGGGGUUCAGAUCUGCCUCUCUGUUUCCCCAGGGGUCAGCUCCCACCUGGAACAGCACUGAGUGGGGGAGUUCUGCUUUUGUUUCACUGAGAACAUGCCUGGCAUUUUGCAGGGAGAAGAGAUAGAGGGAAAAGGUCUGGGUUAGCUGGACUAAAUGUUACCCCAGCAGUGUCCUGAGUGAAGGGAAGGAAAGCCUGAAUGCCAUGGAAUCCUCCCACAGAGCCCACACCAGUGAUGUGUGGGACAGGGCAUGGGGCAGGAGUAAUCCUCUCUUUUUGCCAAAGGCUUUGGUUGGGAUCCAGCCCUGAAUUCCUCUGGUGUUAAUCUUGCAGAUCCUUCUAUGGUCAGUGAUGUUCUGCAGAGGUAAAACAGAAGCAGCUGAGUGGUGAGUCAGAUCUGAUGCUUGUCUGCUCACUUCUCCAAGCACCAGACAGGGUCAUUCCCAUGGAAAUGAUCAGGGACCAACAUCAGACAUUGCUGGACAGGGAGGGAGAGCCAGUUCCAAGCCUUGUGCUGGCAAAAGUUGAAUCACAGCUCCCUCCCUGUGUGCUGUGUCAGACAACACUACCAAAACCCCCCACAGCCCUCCCUGAGCUUCUUCUGUGACCCAGGAGAUGAAGAUUUAAUAAAACUACACUUGAUGCUGCAUCCCUUUGCCCAGAGAGAUUGUUCUGCACCUGCUAAAUCCUAUUCCAGCAAUUCCCAAAUUGAAGUUCUCCUCACCUCUGCUGACAUUGAUGGGUCCUGCAGACCUUCCUCCUCACCCUUCCACCCCCACCUUCCUCCUCCUCCUCCAGGGAUGGGGGAGUGAACCUCGAGGUUCCCUGCACUGAGGCCAAAGGAGAGCACAGUGGACAAAGCAAAGAUUGGCCUAAAUUCCAGCAGCUCCAAGUUAAAUUGGGAAACAAAAGAGGAAAAAUUAAACAGAGUGGGAGUUCCUGCUCCUGAAUGGAGCAGCCCUGAAGGUGCAUUUCUCCUUCACUCCUUCUCUCUGUGGCUCCUCUGCAAACAAUCCUGUGGAUGUGUAUUUCUGGCACAAAGCAGAGUCCUGUGAUUCUUGAUUGUAAUUAUAACAAUGAGUUUCAGAAAGCCUGAGAGUGGUUCUGGGCAUUUAUAAAAGGGAUUUAGGACAGUAUUGUUUAAAAAGUCAGUGGUUUUUUUUUUAAUAUCAAAGCAAUUUUAGGAGAGCUGGAGUGAUGCUGAGACGAGGCUCCCACCAGUACAAUUUUAAAAGAAAUUGGUCGCUUGUUUUUCUCUUCCUAUUCAGAGUCUCCACAGCAGACAUGAACACCUUGUUGUCCCUGGCUUCCUUAUUGUCCAGGAAAAAGCCACAAAAGCCAGCAUAACUUCAGCUGCCCCUCUGUGGUCCCUUCCAGCCUGAGCCCUCUGUGGUUCUGUGACCAGCCCAGGCAGUGCUGAGGUUUGUGAGUCCAGGAUGGACAAGGCUGUGGGAAGGAUUGUAUUUUCACCAUUUACCUAGCACAGAAACUGUAGAUCUUCUUCUGGAAGACUCAAACAAGCUUUCCCCAAUAGUAUAAAUAGGGGAAUAUUGUGGUUCCCACAGAAACACAUGUACUCAUCUGUCUUAUUGUAGGAAGCAAAUAUCCAAAGGAAAACUCAUCAUUCUCAUGUUUCCAAAGCUGCUGGCAUGCCCUGUUUGGAACUGCCCACUCUGCAGCAAGUGGCUUUGAUAGGAUUUACUCACUGGGUGAAAAAAUGAGCAGCCAAGCAAACACCCCUGCAGCUCUGCAUUCAUCUCUCAUGUAAAUAUCUGAAAAUAUUCCAGCUAUUAAAGCAUCUCUUUUGCCCAGGUCAUAAAAACAGAUGGAGACAAAGCUCCAAAGGGCUGUUGCAUCCAAGCUACUCCAUUUGCAGUGGGGGCAUGCCCUGAUUUCACUCUGAGCUUCAUUUAGGCCACGCAAAAUGCCAGGAGAGCUGCAGCUCUGGACCUCCUUCCCUUGUGGAGGUGCUGUCCCAAGGGCAGGACAUCCUGGUGUGCUGGCAGUGUCACCAAGCUGUCUUUGCAGUGAGGGCUCUGAGCAGAGCGUGCCCUCCUUAGGGUGAUUGCCUUGGUGCUCUGCUGGAAUCCAAAAUGCAGGGAAUUCUCAAAGCUUUGGGCCUGUAAGCCAAAGCUCAGAAUUAAACACAGGAUUUAAUCUGAGACCAUGGAAAAAACUUCCAAACUUAGGUGCUAGAAGUGAGAAUUAGGAUUUAUAAUUUAAAGCAGAGAGAAGUUAAGCUAAGUAAGGAAAGUUUAGAGUUUUAGAGUUCAAGAUAUAGAAAAAAUAAAAGUAGUCACAGAGGUAAACAAGGGGUUUAGAAUGCAGCACUGUGGGUUUGUGUGCCAUAACAGGAUUGGCUGAGAAAUUUACACUGUAGCAUGAGUCACUGUAGUAUGAGCAUAAGACAAAAUAUUUAAGGAUUGGGUCAAAAACAUAAAUACCCUUGUUGGCAGUGUUUUAUUGGUCAAUAAAGCUUAAGACUUGGUUAUAAGACUUAAAGGGUCUUAUAACCAAGGGCCUUGUGACCUCCUGAGCCAUGGGGUAAAGAUGUGAGCCGAGCUCACCCUUCCUGCCUAUGCAGAACAAUAAACCAUAUCAUCCAAACCAAUUCACAGGUCCCAUCUCGACCUCAUUCAAAACUCCUUCAAAAAAUCCCCACAGUGCUCCCCAGGCUGCAGCAGCUGGAAAAGCUGGAACCCAGAGGCAGGUGCAGCCCUUCCCACCUGGAUCUGGCUGGCUGCAGGAGCUGCAGGAGCUGCAGGAGCAGCAGUGCAGGAGUGCUCCCCUGGCCCCCUGAGCAGCAGCACAGAUUCCCAAUGUCACAUAAAAACCCAGCAGAACAAGGAAAAGCAGCUGCUUUCCCUGGGCCCACAGGUACUUGACAGGAACAGGUUGAAACUUCUCAGGGAGAGCAUCUGUCCUCUGGGAAAUGCUAUUUUGUGUGUGGUUUCUGCAAUUUAAUGAGGUAGCGUGGGGAAUCUGUGGAAUGGGAAUUGUCACAGCAGAGUUUCUGGAUUGCUGUUGCAUGUAAUUUUGGAACAGAUAUUUUUUAUGGAAACAGUGAUUUUAAAAAAUGGUUUGGAGGGGCUGAAAAAGGGUUUUCUAAUAAAAGUUAAAUUUCUCCACAA